AUGAUUAAGGAGGUGGGUGUGUUAUCAGGAAGGGAUCAGGAUGGCAAUAUCAACGAAGAGGGUUAUCAGCGGAGGCAGCGCCUGGUUAAUACUGCUCAGCGGUGCCUAACCAAGCUUCCGUUCUCUCUGUUCAUCUCUCUAGCAGACGCGCAGUCGUACGGCGAGGUGAACCAACUCGGCGGCGUUUUCGUCAACGGCCGGCCGCUUCCGAACGGCGUCCGACUCCGGAUCGUCGAACUUGCCCAGCUCGGAAUCCGACCUUGUGAUAUCAGCCGUCAGCUGCGAGUGUCUCAUGGCUGUGUGAGCAAGAUCCUAGCCAGGUACAACGAGACGGGAUCGAUUCUUCCCGGUGCGAUAGGCGGCAGCAAACCGCGCGUGACGACGCCCGUCGUUGUCAAGCACAUACGCGACUACAAGCAGAAGGACCCGGGCAUCUUCGCCUGGGAGAUCAAAGACAAGCUUAUCUCGGACGGCGUGUGCGACAAGUACAACGUGCCGUCCGUCAGUUCCAUCAGCCGAAUCCUCCGCCAUAAACUUUGCAGCAACUCGCUAGGCGGCGCCACGGGAACAUUGGCAGCGCCACCGUACGACGUGACGAGCAAGGAGCAUCGGCAUCUGUACAACCCGAUCUACCCGUACCCUUGCUCGGCAGCCAUCGCUGCACAGCCGAGCACUUGCAUGCUCUCGCCCGGCAGCAAGUCGAUGCCUCUAUCCCCUACUCCAACAUGGCACCGUCCGCACCCACAUCCGGGUGACAUCUUCCCGUUCCGGGGGCCGCCACCUCUCGCACACGGCCGUCCGCCGCUGUCGGCGCAAGCGAUGUCAGCGCCGCCUACCUCAAUGCACUUGGAGUCGAAUUUGCAGACGAUGCACGCGCAAAACUUUCAAAAUGUGCCAAACUACGGAAACUACUACUACAUGUAUUUCCAAAAUAUGCAAAAUGUAAAAGGAUAAAUAAUAAUAAUUUCCAUGAAUUUAAAAUUUAUGCAUGAUGAUAUUAUACAUGCGGAUUUUUUAAGCGGAUGUGUCAAAAUGGGUUUGCUCUCUUUGUACGUGUAUACUAGUUACCGUCUGCGCUAAUGAAUAAAUCAUUCAAUAGCUUUAUAAUUCUUUUAAGACGACAGCACAGAGCACAAUAAAUAGCUCUGAUUGUUCGAUGACGUAUAGAAACAUAGCGAUUUUUUAUCAUUAACGACAUAGGAAUGACUAGACGUCUCUAGCGAAUGUCUAAAUGAGUAUCUAGUGGGAGUAUCAAGUACGUUACUAUAAUAUGACGCGAGAAAAGUUGUGUGCCUUAUCUGUCAUGUGAUAUAAAGAGUGAUCCAAAGCCUCAUCAUAAGUUCUCAUCGAGCCGUUAAUGUCUUUAUAAUGGAUGGGCGUUGUAAAUAAUGCGGCGCCGAGUCUUAGGAAAUUGAUACAACAAGCAUUUAUGAGACCGUGUUGACGAUAGAUGCCCACCGAGUUGCCUUCUAACUUUGAUGCCUUUACAUAAUAUACACACAGCGAAAUAAUAAAUAUUAUUCAUUAUAUUUGAGU